AACAUGGCGGGGAGGCCCGCAGCCGCCGGUACCCCGCCGCCGGACCGGGACCGAGCGGCGCCCAAUGUGGUGGCGUGGAUCUCGCAAUGGGCAGACGACCACCUGCGUCUCGUCCGGGUACCGCUGACCCGCCGGCCGGGCAGAACAUCAGCACCGUAAUGGCCAUAGCUGGAGUAAUGUUACUUCUAAGAAGUGUUCGACUGACAUCAAAAUUCACAAGUUCUUCAGAUAUUCCAGUAGAAUUUAUAAGAAGGAAUGUUAAACUACGAGGACGACUACGCCGAAUAACUGAGAAUGGUUUAGAGAUUGAACAUAUUCCCAUUACUUUACCUAUUAUAUCUUCAUGGAGAAAAGAGCCGUGUGGUGCUUUGCUGGUUAAGUUGGCUGGAGUAGAACUCACUGAAACUGGGAAGGUGUGGUUACAAAAAGAGCUAAAACCUUCCCAAGUAGUAUGGUUCCAACUUCUUGGAAAGGAGAAUUCAGCACUCUUUUGCUACCUUUUAGUGAAUAAGGGUAGAUUUUUUAGUGUGAGUCUGAAUGAAGAAAUUUUGAGAAGAGGCCUUGGCAAAACUGUUCUCGUUAAAGGGCUAAAUUAUGAUUCUGAAAUCUAUUGGAGAAUUCACAGAAACUUACUUAAAGCUGAAUUAAUAGCCUUAAAAAAAGGAGAAGGAAUAUGGAAGGAAGAAUCUGAAAAAGAAAGUUAUUUGGAAAAAUUCAAAGGCUCCUGGAGAGAAAUAUGGAAAAAAGACAGUUAUUUUAAAAAAAUUGGAUCAGAUUUCAACUUGAAAAAAGAAAGUUAUUAUGACAAAUUUAGAAGGACUUAUGAAACAUGGAAAGAAAACAUGAAUAACUACUCCUUAAUACUGAAGUUCAGAGAACUUCUGAGUCGCAUACACUUUCGUAGAAAAGGAUGAAAUAUUCCAAGAGAUCUGGAGGUGACCUACUCCAAAAAGAAUAAAAUAUAAUGGAUAUUUUUCAUUGAGUUGGAAUGGGAAAUUCCCCCAAAUGAUCAAAGUUGCAUUCUAAUGUAUUUAAAUAUUUAAGAGAUGAUUCUUAUAAAUGUAAUAUCAGAAUAAUUUAAAUAAAUUGUGAUUAAUGUAAUAUCCUUUUAGGAAAAAUGAAACGCUCUAUAAAAAGUUAUCAGGUUGAGGGUGAUAUACAUGUAGUGAUAAUAUAAGAAGAGGGAGUUUAACUAUUGGCCAUUGUAUUAUUUUAGUCAUUUUGGGCAGCCAUAUUUAACUUUUGUUUAAGGAGAGUAUUUGUUUACUUUUGAUUACUUAUAAUAAAGGGACUC